AUGGAUUUGGCUACUAGUUCUCCCUCCCCUGGAUCUGACGACUUACUGGCACUGGCAUGGACUUUGGGCAUGAAGAUGGAUAUGACCUUGGCUAUCGGACACAACCAAACACCAAGACACCAGGGUUUUAGUAAAUCUGGUGGAUUUGAUCCAAAUAGUAGAGUCCUUCAUUGCACUAAUAUAAAUUUGUCAUUAGAUUAUGAAUGUUCGUACAGUGUAAUGAAAAAGUUCGGUAAAGUGGAAAGAAUGAAAUUAUUUCUAGAAAGAGACAAGCAGUCAUUUUCUGCUUAUGCUAAAUUUUCCUCACCCUUGGAAGCUAGUGAGGCACAACAAAGACUCCAUGGCCACACUCUCAAUGAUUCAGUUCUUAGUAUGAAAGUGUUUUCAGUGAAAAAUUUAAAUGGUGAGCCAUUUGAUUUUAUCCCAAAGAAUGAAGAACAUGGACCAGCCUUAUGUACCAGACUACUUCCUACUUGCUAG